CCCCUCUCACUCUCUCUCAUCACUACCGCUCGCUCAGCAAACCACUGUACAGAAAGCGAUCCCGCUGAACCCACCGACUCCCUCCCUGCCUCUUCCUGAGAGAGGGAAAAAGAAGCAGAAGCAAGAAGCAGGAAGCAAAAGGGCAAGCCUCUCUCUCUCUCUCUCUUUCUCUGAAAGCUGCCUUGCAUUCUUCCAUUUGAGUCCUCCCGUGCCUUUGAUCCGAGAGAAAUAUGGCGGAUUCGAACCCGUCGGCGGAGCCGCUGGGACAGAAUCUGAUAAAGAUGAUCAGCAACGCCUGCUUCUCGCUUUUCGUGAUGAUGGUGUUGGUCUUCACCGUCAUUGCCAUCACCUACCAGCCGCCCGACCCCUGGCUGGAGUCCUCCAAGGCCAUCACGAAGGUUUUCUCUGACGUUGAGAACGCCACCUUCAAGCAGGACGACUCCGUGCUCAGAACCGGCGAGGAUCUCAACAUCUCCACUCUUGCCCCUUCCCCUUCUCCUCAACCCAUAACCCUUCAGUCUGUCGAGCGCCAGGCCGAGAAGAUCAAUUCGUCCGUCUCUGCGUGCGCGGACAACGGUGGUAUCACUGACGACGGCUUCGUUAAUUGCUCCGACCCUCGGGUUUUGAUCGCGAUCGAACGGUUUAACCUUAGGAUUUUCUCUGGGAUCCAGUUCUUCGAGUACCAGAAGCCCGUAAAUGGAUCGAGGCCGGAUGAAUGUGACGUUAGCUGGAGGUUCAGAUCUAAGAAGGAGAAGUCGUGGAGGAAGUACAGGGACUUCAGGAGGUUCACAUUGAGGGUUGGGGAUAAUUGCAGUUACUACGAGAUCGUGAAGGCCGGACGGUGGCAUUCGGGGAAGAAUGCGAGGCCGGUGAGCGUCCAAAAGAGUGCUCCGGUGAAGAAACCUCACUGGCGGCGAUCCCCGCCGACCUCUCCUUCCUUGACGAAUUCUUCGUCUUCUUCUUCCGUCUUUGUGGUUGAAGAUGGUAUCAACGACACAGUGCCGAACUUGCCCUAUCAAAUGGCAUUCAGGAAGGGGAUGAAGUAUCUGUACUAUUCGAGGGGAGGGGAUUACUGCAAGGGGAUGAAUCACUACCUAUGGAGUUUCCUGUGUGCUCUGGGGGAGGCGCAGUUUCUGAACAGGACCCUGGUGAUGGAUAUGAGCAUCUGCCUGGCUUCGAUGUACCGUUGGAAUGGAACAGAUGAAGAAGGAAAGGACUUUAGAUUCUACUUUGAUCUGGAGCAUCUGAAAGAGUCGGUUCCGAUUGUGGAAGAAGGCCAGUUCCUUAAUGACUGGAAGACGUGGAACCGGAUGCACAAGAAGGACAAAGUGCCAGUGAGAAAGGUUAAUAGCUACAAGGUAGCACCAAUGCAGCUGAAGAAAGAGAAGAGCACCAUCGUCUGGAGGCAGUUCGAUGGGCCGGAGCCGGAGAACUACUGGUAUAGGGUCUGUGACGGGCAGGCUUCGAAGUUCGUUCAGAGGCCGUGGCAUGCUAUCUGGAAGUCGAAAAGGCUGAUGAAUAUAGUUUCUGAGAUCAGUGGCAGGUUGGAUUGGGAUUUCGACGCUGUUCAUGUGGUAAGGGGGGAGAAGGCACAGAACAAGGAAUUGUGGCCUAAGCUUGAUGCCGAUACAUCUCCAGGAGCACUGCUUGAGAAACUGAAACAGAGAAUUCAGCCUGGAAGAAAAGUAUAUAUAGCUACAAAUGAGCCUUUCUAUAAUUAUUUCGACCAUCUCAGAUCUGAUUAUAAGAUCUACCUACUCAAUGACUUCAGCGAACUGUGGGGGGUAAGCAGUGAAUGGUAUAACGAGACGAGGCUGUUGAAUCGCGGGGAUCCUGUUACUUUUGAUGGCUAUAUGCGAGUGGAAGUAGACACUGAGGUUCUAUACAGGGCAAAGAAACGGAUAGAGACGUUUGGGGACCUUACAAAGGAUUGCAAGGAUGGUAUCAAUACCUGCUAGACUCGGGAGUAGAAAAAGAUGGGAGAUAGCAUGUUCUUUUCAAAGGCGGGUGAGGGGUGUUGUAGAUGAAUUGGUAUCCUUCGUGCCAUUUUGUGCGGCCUGCUUCAACCAUUGAAUUUCGCUGUAAUUGUUCUCGUUAUUAUGAUUAGUUUAUUGCUUUCAGCGGCUGUGGCAUUUGUAAGCUUUGUAUUGUUUUUUAUUUUUAUUUUUAUUUUCCCAUUUCACAUCUUUGUUGUACUAAUCAGAGUUGGCCCAAUUCUAUUUUAAGAUGUCGUUGCCACAUGCCUUACAUAUGGGCCAACUGCUUUAGUUUUCAGAUUGCCCUUGGAUUAUAUUUGUGGAUAUUUCAGUAAGAUGAUGCAAGUGCACUAUGAACAUUUAAAUAUGCUUUUCAA